AUGGGAAUAACUGUCCAAAACAUCACAGGAAACACAGCAAUGGUAACUUGGCCAAAAAUGGCUGGUUGUGCUGACACCUUUUACAGCAUCAUGUACCAACCUAACUGGAACAGCAUGCUAUCCAGCUACUCAAGGAAGAGCUUUCAGAAGGAGGAGAGGGUGCCCACCAGUCGCUCCUCCUUUGUUGUUGAAAACCUAACUCCACUAACAACAUACAUUGUCUGUGUGACCUGCCAGUCUGCAAACCCCUCUAGUGACCAGUGCAGAGUUUUUAAAACGCUGGAACAAGACCCAGCAUCUGCAAGCAACACCAAGAAAGAGUUGGCUCUGGGCAUCUGGCUCACCAGCAGUGUCCUGCUCCUCAUCAUUGCUGCGGUUCUCCUCUAUGGCUGCCUGCACCUCCUAUGCCGAAGGAGACAUGAGCACUUGCAAGAGCAAAAGAGGACCUCCAAACAAGACCACAGGAAGAUGUGGAGCAAAAGCACGCUAUACACCUCAGAGGAGCUCAGCAGGCAGAGCCAACUGAUGCAGGACACUGAGAAAAAGCAUGCCGGUGGCAUCCAGCUGGCCACAAUCAUAGAGAAUCCCUCAGCGUGCAAAGAGCCUGUCAUACCACCUUCCAAAAGCCAAGAACAAGUGCCAAUGACAGGACAGUGUUCUACUAUAAAUUAG